CUCGAAAAUCCAAAAUCCAAAUCCAUGACACUUCAGUUGGUCGAGAUUUGAAGUCAAAAUAAUCAAAAGCAGCGACAGUUGCAGAAAAAAAUUGCUGAGCGACGAAGAACAAAAUAAUAUCUCUAAUACUGUAACAACAGAACAUCACAAAAACAGAAGAUAAACCAAACAACGGGAUUCUGAACAUUCUGGCAGCAAGGUUUUGUUAUUGUCUUUAUCGCGAAAUAGAUGGAGAAGUAAAAAUAAUAUAUUUACACUUAGGCAUUUAUAUAGAGUACAUCGCAAUGGUGAGGGGUGACGAGAAUCGUCGUUCGCAAACGAAGCGAAGAUUUCGACAAUUCGAGAACAGUCACAACGAUCAAGGGCUAGAAACCGUAGAUGACUUGGUACAUGCAGCUCAAUUCGCAAUUAUACCAAAUACUGACGCAGCAACUUUUACGCCUCUUGUGGAAAGCGUGAAUCCAGCCAAGAAGCAAGAAGAUGGCAACGAAAUCGAUGUGAACGACGAUGAUAGCAACAGCGAUGUCUCCAUUGCCGAUGCUGAAGGUGCUGAUAACAGCAACGAAAACGAUUGCAGUAGCGAUAGCGAUAGUUGUAGCAGUGACGAUGAGUCAGAUGACGAGGAUAUUACCCAAGCCGUGCAGAGGAUGGAACAAGCAACUGCUGCAGAGGAAGAGGCCGGUCUUACUGCUUCGAAUCCGCCAAAAACAGAUAACGAAGUGGACGGUUACAAAGUUCCUAUAAAAGAACUAGAAUCACAGUUACAGAUCCGAUUGACAGUGGACGAAGCAACUGUAAAGGCAGCAACAAAUGACGGAAGUAACAAUUCCACUUCAAACCAACUGUCUUUGGCGGGAAGGAUCAAGAACUACAUGUCAAGUGAUCGGACGGUAGUCGUCGAAUCUGCUGCCAUCCCAGCACAUUCGGCAGGAUUUCAACAAACUGUUGGACCGCUAGAUGAGGGAAGCUUGUUGGUAGUCAAAAAGACCGAGAAUGAAGGCGAUCGGAUUCCUGCUGAGAGAACGAGCUUAAUUCCGCUGGGAAGAAUUUUUGAGGUUUUUGGACCAGUUUCUCAACCUUUGUACACCAUACGAUUGCCUUCUCCUCCAUCGACCUCCAAAAAUAAGAAGUCAAGCAAUCCACGAUCUCAGGAAUGUAACUCUGAAAAGAAAGCUUCAAAGAAAGAAAAUGAGUUAACGGAGUUUGUAAAACAAGGGGACAACAAAGCCGUUGAUAAGAAUGAAGAUGAUAUGGAAACCAUCGGGGACAAUGAGCAGGGAAACAUCCCCAACAAUGCCCCAACCAUACCAGAGACGUCGGAGAAAGCGAAUGAUGCCGUCGUGACGAACCUAUCAUCAUCGUCAUGUACUGAAGAUUAUAUAAGCGGGAAAGAAAAGAGUGAUACAUCUAUGAACAAAGACAGUCCACCGAAUAUAUUACCCGAUGAAAAGACGGAAUCCGCUAGGGUCAAUGAAGCUUCAACCACCACUGUGGAGCCCACGUCUCCUGACAACAUAGACCGAUCACCUGAAAAUACCGCAGUCGAUAUGUGGGCAGUGAAUGGCGAAUACGCAAAAUUCCUUGCUGAGAACAAGAACAUUGAAGUGUACUAUAUCGAGGAUGAAGCCAAGCUUAUUGACACGAGCUUUGUCAUGAAAACUAGUGGGAAGGGAUGCGAUGCAUCAAAUAUAUAUGACGAAGAAAUUAUCAAUAGUAGUGAAGCGUAUUACAGCGACGAUGAAAAGGAACGGGAGGCAAAAAACAAGAAAAAAGGAGCCGGGCGGAAAAAGAAUCAGCAACGAAACAACGAUCGACGACAACAAAGGGAGCAACGACGUAACAAUAAUUCGACAAGAUAUCCAAACAGAGCACAUACGGGAUAUCAUGGUCAACCGCCACCGCCCUUACAGGGCUUUAACUAUGUCCAAGGCCAUGCGAACCUUCCCCAAGGCUUUCAUCAGAUGGGACAACAGCAAUACCCACACGGAGGGAUUUACCAGGCACAUCCCACAUAUCAGUAUCCUCCAGGAUCGACAUUCCAUAGACAGGUGUCAGGAGCACCCCCGCCCCCGCCUCCACCCCCUCCAAGUCACAACCAAACAUUUCCAUACCGAGGGACUCCGCAACACUCACAAGCCCCGAACGCAGUAUCUCGGAUGGCUCCCCCUCCCCCACCUCCGAAAAAUCCAAACGAACCUCCAGCAUACCAAUACUAGUACACUGAGAAGUGACAAGAGCAUGGAUAAAUGUUCAGAACAACU